AAGUGCGCCUGCGCGCGUGGUCACAAGCGUGCGGGAAACGUCUGUGAGCAAAUCGCGGACCACCGUGGCCGCCAGCUGACCUGACGCCCGGCCUCUUGCACUCCUAGGGGCGGAGAAGGGUGCAGGCUCUUCGCCCUCUGUGUCCUUCUUUCACGAACUUCUGGAUUUUCCAGCUCUUCCAAAGUUCGUUCUUGCGCAGAGCCCAAAGGCCGGAAAACCGUCCACGAUGAACAGCGUGACUCUGAAUCUGCGGGAGGUGGUAAAGGCCAUGACCAAGAGUCGCGGUUUUGACAGAAUUUUGGGAAAGGUUACUCUUGUCUCUGCUGCUCCUGGGAAAGUGAUUUGUGAAAUGAAAGUAGAAGAAGAGCAUACCAAUACAAUAGGCACUCUCCAUGGUGGUUUGACAGCCACAUUAGUAGAUAACAUAUCAACAAUGGCUCUGCUAUGCACGGAAAGGGGAGCACCCGGAGUCAGUGUCGAUAUGAACAUAACGUACAUGUCACCUGCAAAAUUAGGAGAAGAUAUUGUGAUUACAGCACAUGUUCUGAAGCAAGGAAAAACACUUGCAUUUGCCUCUGUGGAUCUGACCAACAAGGUCACAGGAAAAUUAAUAGCACAAGGAAGACACACAAAACACCUGGGAAACUGAGAGAACAGCAGAAUGACCUAAAGAAACCCAACAAUGGGUAUCAAGUCUAGAUUUGGCUCAAACAGUUGUCAUUUUUGAAAUAAACUAGCAAAACCAGAA